GUCUUAACGCCGACACGCCACGGCCGACAGUGACCACGUUUAAACCGCGAGCGACCGCGACCGCGUCCACACUACCAUUCCAAAAUAGGUAUAGUAAAUCAGUAUUGUUCGCUAUGUGCCGGUGACUGAGUUCGGGAUUUUGAUUGCCUUUGAAUUUGUAUAUUAUUAUAGUUUGUUUGUUAAUGUUGAUUAGUUUUAAUGGUUUUUGGCGACGUUUCCGUUCGAAUAAUAAUAACUUAACUGCAAUUUUCAAAAUAUUAUAAUACAAUAUUUUUGUUAACGUUGUGUCCCGUCAAGAGUGUUAUCUUUAUUGGCGCUCCAGGACUAUCGCAAAAAAGAAAUACAUAUUUACACAAUGCGUCCAGAUAUACCCAUCGCGUUGACGGAGAGGCGACCACCGCUUGAAACUCAACAGUCCACGGUAUGGACCAGACGACAGCAAGCAGUGUGCGUAAGGCGGGCCUACAAGAAAUAUGGUCAGAGUUCAAAUCCGCACGUUAUCCUGGACGGGCUCAACAUGACUGUACCAAAAGGCUGCAUAUACGGUUUGUUGGGAGCCAGCGGUUGUGGAAAAACUACACUGCUGAGUUGUAUAGUAGGCCGCAGAAGACUGAACGCCGGUGAAAUAUGGGUGUUAGGUGGUAAACCGGGAUCCGCGGGUAGCGGAGUACCUGGACCAAGAAUUGGAUACAUGCCACAAGAAAUAGCUCUUUAUGGUGAGUUUACCAUUAGGGAAACUAUGCAGUUUUUCGGCAUGGUGAAUGGCAUGAAACCGGAAGCUGUGGACGAGGAACUGGUAUUCCUAUUGGAAUUUUUACAGCUCCCAACGGCCAGCCGGUCUGUAAAAAAUCUAAGUGGCGGUCAGCAAAGGAGAGUGUCUUUCGCCGCAGCUCUACUGCAUAAGCCCGAGUUGCUAAUUUUGGACGAACCUACUGUUGGCGUUGACCCAGUUCUCCGACAAGGCAUAUGGGACCAUUUAGUGCACUUGGCCAAAGACGAAGGAACCACAGUAAUUAUAACGACGCAUUACAUUGACGAAACCAGACAGGCUCAUAUGAUUGGCUUGAUGAGGGGUGGUAAGUUUUUGGCUGAAGAAUCGCCCACGGCAUUGUUGCAAAAAUACAACUGUCAGUCGUUGGAAGAUGUUUUUUUGAAACUCAGCGUGAUACAGAACCGAGGUAAACGGAGACGCAGCAGCAUUUUGCAUGACAUCACGGCCGCCAUAACCGUGCCGGAAACUUCGCCCGUCCCAGCAGUGGAAGCUCUGAACUCUAUAUGUGACAAUUCGUCUGAAAUGAGCGGCGAGUUCGGUGACAGCAUCAGCCCGGUGCCUCUGAGCAAACGGAUGUCUAUCUGUUCGGGACACGCUAGAGCGAAUGCUGAACCGGAACUACCACCUGAGGUCAAUAUAAAGAUGUCAUUCUUUGAACGUUACAAAAUCUAUCAGUCCCAUCACAUGCGGGCUCUCAUAUGGAAAAACUUUUUGUGGAUGUGGAGAAACGUAGCGGUAAUGUUGUUCAUUGUUGGUUUACCCGUCGCUCAAAUCGUGCUGUUUUGUUUAUCAAUUGGCAAAGAUCCUUAUGGCUUACACUUGGCUGUCGUAAAUCACGAAACAACCAAUAAGACAUGUCCACCAACGGGUAGCUGUUAUCUAAACGAACUUAGUUGUCAGUUCUUGCAUCAGAUAGAGAAAAGGCGGCAAAUACUAGAUUUUUUCGAUGAUGAAGAAUCAGCUUUUCGAGCGGUAAAGUUGGGUAAGGCUUGGGGAGCGUUAAUGUUUACACCCAACUAUACUACAUCGCUUAGACAACGGAUAGAUCUAGGACAGGACGCUUCAGAAUGGAUACUCGACGAUAGUUGUGUUUCCAUUUGGCUCGACGAAUCGAACCAACAAAUAUCAAUGUUACUCCGGCGAGAUAUCUUAUUUGCUUUUCAAGAUUUCACGGCUACGUUAGCCGCACCUUGUAACUUCAGCUCAAGAGCAGUGGCUAUUCCCGUUAGAUUUAACCAUCCGAUUUACGGUCCUUACGUGCCUAAUUUUACGGAUUUUGCUGCUCCCGGUGUCAUACUGACGAUAAUAUUUUUCUUGGCCGUCGCCCUAACGUCCGGAGCCAUGUUGAUUGAAAGAAACGAGGGAAUUCUCGAGAGGAGUUUAGUUUCUGGCAUUACUGGAAUCGAAGUACUCUUGGGGCACGUGGUGUGUCAACUGAUGAUCAUGGUCUUCCAGUCGCUUAUGGUCAUCGCUUUCGCGCUGGUCGUGUUCGACGUCACCAACGAAGGAGACGUUUUUUGGAUUUCCACGCUGACCAUUUUGACCGGUUUGUGCGGAAUGUGCUUCGGAUUUGUGGUGUCGUGUGUGACGGACAGCGAGAGAAACGCUACUUACUUGGCCAUGGGCAGUUUCCUGCCGAUCGUCAUGCUUUGUGGAAUUAUAUGGCCGGUGGAAGGAAUGCAUGCGGCCAUGAAGACUCUCAGCUUUUUCUUGCCGCUCACACAGUCCACAGAAUCGAUGAGAUCAAUGUUGGCCAGAGGAUGGCCGAUCACCGAGCCGACAGUUUACAUUGGUUUCUGUUCCACGCUAAUAUGGAUUUCGAUAUUCUUAACUUCCAGCGUGUUGUUGAUCAAGUUCAAAAAGGGAUAGAAAUAUCGUCCAGUACCUCGUCCAGUCUCUCCGACAAGGGACACUGUAUUUAAUAUAUUAUUAAUAAUAUUAUUAUAUUUACCGCUGAACCCGCAAUGGAUUGUACACCUAACUACGACAAUAAUUCAUAGGCGAGUACAAGACGCCUAGGUACUACAGUCAAAAUCGUUUUGUUUUUAAACAGUCAUUCGCUGUACAGUUCCUUGACUCGCAGUUGACGCCAUAUUAUAUUAUUAUAUUUUUCAUCCCAAAAACGGAAUUUUGUGUCGUUUCCGUUCUGUUUCUACCGAUUUCCUUUAUUAAUUAUUUUUUUGUCAAUCAAAUCACCAGUAAGUAUAAAAUGUAACUUGUUUCGUUUAAUUAUGGAAAAUUGAACGUGCGGAAUUGUGUAUAAUAAUUAGUUACUUAUAGGUUAAUUUGAAAUUAACACUUUAAAGUAUAUUAUCGAAAUCAAAGUUUUUUUUUCUAAUUAAGACAUCGUAUUGUGGAUAAUACAUUUAAGGAUUAUAUCCGAUUAGUCGUAUAGCUUAAAUGUAUUGAUUUAUUUUUUAAUAAUAUUAUCUUCAGACUCUGUACACCGUAAACGCAUUUGAGCUGUUAGGAGAAUUAUAAUUAUUGCACAUUUUGUACAUCAUCAUUACUUACUGCGUAUAGGCAUUAUCUAUUUAUAGACUAUUUGUGUUUUAUUGUUAUUUUUAUACACAUUUUAUUAUUCAUUAUAGACGUAAGGUAUAGUUUAUGUUUUAUAUUUUUUAAAGUAUCGCCUUAGUGUUGGUAUAUGUACCAACACGAAAUACGUUGUAAUAUUAUUUUUCAUUAUUAUUAUUUUAGAAUCAAGGGUAACUUAUGCUUAUAAUUUAUGUACUACAUACUUUAUGCAACUAUGUUGCACGAUUGUUAUUGUAAUAUAUACAUUUGUAGUUUUUUUUGUGUAUAAAAUAUAAUAUAUUUAUAUGAGUAGUAAAGUAGUAAAGUAGUAAAGUAGUUUAUUAUUAUGCAACAAUAAUAAUAUAAUGUCAUAUAUUAUAGAGUUAAAUUAUUCAAACAAUAUAUUGACGUAAUAACGAAUUACUUCUUUUUUUUUGUAAACGUUAUGUAUGUAAAUUAGGUAGGUACUAAUCGUAAGUAGGC